CUCAGUAGACUGACUCCAGAUCAGCCAGUCAGCUGUAGCUCUCCUGCCCCUCCCCCCCCCCGCUCUAUUUUUACUCAGCCUAAUUUCACUCCAGGCCUAUUUUUCUCCCCUCUUGACGGCUCCCUUAUAUCACUUGUUGCCUCACUUCAUAUUUGCUUUUUUUCCCCUCAAACCUCAUCUGUUGGCUGGACCUAAUGGAGGCCUUCCAGGUUGGGUAUGACUGACACCUUUAAUAUUCCCAUUAGUGCGUUUAUUUCCAAUGCCCUCCACGUUGCGUGGAGAGCGUUAGCGUCGAUUGGCUUUGGAGCGCCACACGGGGAGCGAGGCCCUUCUUUCACUGAGCUCAUGGAGGAGUCGAGCGCCACACAGCUGUCUGUGAAGCAGCUGAAACGACGGUUCGCGGAGGCCCUGCAGGCCGACGACGCCCACGAGGUGAUGCAGAUUCUGCACACUGGGAAACUAGACGUUGACACUGUGCUGGAGGUGGAGGACCCCGGCAUGGUGCUGGCCUCAUACAAGCAAGGCUACUGGCUCCCAGGCUACAAACUGGAGACGUCCUGGGCGAACGGCAUCCACGUGUGCGUGAUGCACAACGCCGUGGAAACGGCACUGGUGCUCCUCCGGGAAGGUGCGGCCGUCAAUCGGACGCCCAACGGGAUGACGCCGCUGCACGUGGCCUGCGAGCUCUCCAACGGGGACUGCGUCGCCCUGCUCUUGGCCCACGGGGCCAAAGUCAACAGCCCGUCUCUGAGCGGACACACGCCGCUGCACUACUGCGUCAACGGGGCGUCCGUGGACUGUGCCGAGCAGCUCAUCCUCAAAGGUGCCAAUGUUGAUACGGCCAGCCAGAACAAUGAGGAGGACACGCCUUUACACACGGCGGCCAGAUUUGGCGUUCCGGAGCUGGUGGCCCUCUACUUGGAGCGCGGCGCCUCUGUGAAUGCGGUGAACUCGCUGCAGGAAACGCCGCUGAUGACCGCGUGCUUCUGGGCCUUCGACUCCAAAGAGCAAAACUACAGCCAAGAUCACCACCUCGUCUGUCGCCUCUUGCUGGACCACCAGGCGGAUCCCAACCUCAGAGAAGAGGACAACAAAACCGCUCUCCACAAAGCGGCCUGGAACUGCGACCACGUGCUGAUGCAGAUGCUGCUGGAGGCCGGGGCAGACACCCAGGCAAUGGACAUCAACGGCUGUGCCCCUAUUCAGUACGUGCUCAAAGUGACCGGGGUCCGGCCCAUGGCCGUACCCGAGCGCUGCUACCAGCUGCUGCUCAACCACAACGCGGCGCGGAUCUACCCGCCCCAGUUCCACAAGGUGCUGCAGGCGUGCUACGACUACCCUGCGGCGGUGGAAAUAAUGGUCAACUCUUAUGAACGCUUGAAGCCCACAAAGAAGUGGAGGGCCGCCAUUCCUGAUGACUGCUACAAGCGACACAAAGACUUCUACGACUCGCUGUUCGCCGUUUGCACCGACGCUCCUCGAAGCCUGCUCCACUUGACCAGAUGCGCCAUCAGAGCCGGCCUGGCUGGCUUCUGCCACGCAGGUGUGGCACAGCUGCCGCUGCCACUUCCUAUGAAGAAGUACUUACUGCUGGAACCCGAGGGGGUAUUAUACUGAUGACAGAUUAAAAGACCCCUUUGUUUCCCGUCUGCUGACUAUAGAAAGCAAACAUUCUGCAAGUUGGAGCUGGUACUGACAGGCGUGUCUUUUUAUAUUUUGGCUCAUCAUUCCUACAGAGGACUUUGUCUGGAACACGCAAGAAAUCCUUCCUUGACAGUACGGAAAGAAAAUAAUUUGCAACUUGUCUUUGCAUCACAUGACUACGGGAAGGAAAAAUGAGAAUAUUUGUUGACUGGGUCACACGGAAGCACCAACUGUAUUUCACACUGUAUUUCUCAUCAGAUGAGGAACUGAGCAUCAGGUAAAUACAAUUAGUCUCUCCAUCACAGUGUUAGCCCACAUCCCCCUGGCAGCCAGCCUUAAUGCUUCCUCUCGAGUUAAUGCGCUAAUGACACCCCCUUAUUUGCUGAACAAACACUCGACAAAGCCCUCCACAACCAGUGCUUGUUAUUCCAGUCGGCUGCACAUGAAGCCAUGUAUAUUGACCACUUUCAUACAAUAAUGAAAUUUCACAUUUCUCGCUAAGCAGAGUCCACUGCGCAGUGAUGUUGAAUCUGAUACUCAGGGCAGUGAAAUAGCAACAGAUUUGUUUGGUAAAGACACAGUGUAAUAAUGUUGUAUAAACUUGUCUGUUCUUUGUUGACACAGCGGGUCCAGCGGCGUGUUAUUCUUAGAGCAGGUUGGUACAUGCGAGCGGGUUUUCCGGCUCACGGUCGCUGCUCUGAAAUGCUUUCGUUCGGUGCUUUGUGUUGUUGGUGGAGAAAUGAACUGGAAGCUUCAGGAAACGUUACAAGACGAAUGCUGAAUUAGGAGGAUCAAGGAACUUAAGCUUUUUAUUCAUCUCCAAUAACACAGCAGACACAUAUUCAAGACAUUCAAGAUAUUUGUUCUUUUUCUGCAAAUCCGAAAUCCGGGUAAAUGUUUCAUGUCAGUGACCGUCUCAAA